GCUCCUCAUUUGGCCAAAGCACGGAGGUACAGGGGGCAGUUUGGCCCCAAACCAAGACCCGAGUUCAUAGUUCAGGUUCAUCUGUUAACUUGCAGUCCGCCGCUGAUUGGCCCAAAGUUCUUGUGAGCAUCCAAUGGGAGGCAAGAUUGGGAUCGAGCGCUGAUCCAGGCAAAGAAGCACUGAGGGGCUAAGACCCAGCCGUUCCUGCUCGCCGUUGCUGCUGCUGCUUCGGUCCCCUGAGGCAGUUCCCGCCCCCCCCUCCCCAGGCCAGUCUCCGAGAUCUGCCAGCGGCUACUCCCACAGCCUCCGCCAUGGGUCUGGAGCUCUACCUGGACCUGAUGUCCCAGCCCUGCCGUGCUGUCUACAUCUUCGCCAAGAAGAACGGCAUCCCUUUCCAGCUGCGUACCAUAGAGCUGCUUAAAGGUCAACAGUACACUGAUUCCUUCGCCCAGGUGAACCCUUUGAGGAAGGUGCCUGCUUUGAAGGAUGGGGACUUCAUCUUGGCAGAGAGUGUGGCUAUCUUGCUGUAUCUGAGUAGAAAGUACAAGGCCCCUGACCACUGGUACCCUCAGGACCUGCAGACUCGAGCUCGUGUAGACGAGUACCUGGCUUGGCAGCACACAGCCCUUCGGAGCUGUUGUACCAGGGCCAUGUGGCAGAAGAUGAUGUUCCCUGUGUUCCUGGGACAGCCCGUACCUCCUGAGACGCUGGCAUCCACCUUGGCUGAACUGGAUGGGUGCCUGCAGAUGCUGGAGGACAAGUUCCUGCAGGACCAGGCCUUCCUUACAGGAUCCCAUAUCUCCGUGGCUGACUUGGUGGCCAUCACAGAGCUGAUGCAUCCUGUCAGUGCCGGCUGCAAAAUCUUUGAGAGCCGACCUAAACUGGCUGCCUGGCGUCAGCGGGUGGAAGCCGCCGUGGGGGAAAGCCUCUUCCAGGAGGCUCACGAAGUUGUCCUGAAGGCCAAGGAUAUGCCUCCUCUGAUGGACCCUACAUUGAAGGAGAAACUGAAGCUCUCUGUGCAGAGCUUGCUGCAUUGAGGGAAUAGCCCGAACCAGGAGACAGCCGGUCAAGGGAAACUCGGGCGUGGGGGUGGGGAGAGGGGUUGCGUGCAAGCGAAGAGAUGAGGUUGUCUGUCUCUUUGGCUGUCACUAGGACAUCGAGUCUCCGAUCCACAGUUUCCUCUCCGCGUCACUGAAUACUCCCUCUGUAUCCUCACCUGACUUGUGCUGUGACAUCAGCUCUUAUCUGACUUCUGGUGACUUCUACAGGAAAAUGCUUGGGAGAAACUUACCUGGCUAUAUUCUUUUUCUUUGAGACUUUACAAACCAUUGAACCUACCCCUACUCCAAGUCAUACCUUUCUGGCUCCUUUUCUGCUCUCACACUGACCCCUGUGCCCUUCAUAUGUGUGUGUGUGUGUAUAUAUAUCAUAUAUAUA